UGGUCUGCUACAAACAGGCACUCCAGGAUACACCUCACGUCAUGCUGAACGAGCCCACAACUCCUAUUAUCAUUUUAAUGAACUUUGUGGCAACGCUCUGUCUAUGCGCGUGUUAUUCCUGCGAGUAGAAUGUUUGGAAAAAGAACCCGUAUGUUCCGCUUGUUCUUUUCGAUUCUGGGAUAAUUCAGCGUUUACUGUUGCCUGACCUAACGGAAACCGUCCGCCUUUCGACUGAUAAUUAUGGCAUCUGUAAGACAGAGAAGAAUGAGCAAGACUAAAGAACCCAACCAGGAACAACAUAAACAGGAGGUCAAAUUGGAAGCAAAAACAACAAUUCAUAAAGAGAGCGGAGUAUGGAAUGGCUUAUCAGUGUUAGUUGGGUGUUUACUAGCUGCUUCUCUUGGACUUGUCACAUCUAUUUAUGUUGCAACUUUGCAUGAGAAUGAUUUAUGGUUUUCUAAUAUUAAGGAAGUUGAAAGGGAAAUUUCAUUUCGCACUGAAUGCGGACUUUACUAUUCAUACUAUAAGCAAAUGCUAAAUGCUCCAAGUAUUCAGCAAGGUUUAUAUGAAUUAAUCAAUGAUAAUAUCACAGAAUCAAGGAGAACUAUUAAUAUUCUUCAAAGAAUGAACAUUUAUCAGGAGGUUGUUUUGGCUAUUUUUUAUCACAUUCUUCCAAUGAAGACCUAUCUGGAGCCUGUGUACUUUUACAUUUAUACUGUAUUUGGUCUCCAAACAAUAACUGUCAUAGCUCUGUAUGCAACAAGUUGGUUUCUGAGUGGGACAUGGCUAGCAGGCAUGCUUGCUGGUUUAUGGUACAUUAUAAACAGAGUUGACACAACUCGAGUAGAAUUUACAAUUCCUCUUAGAGAGAACUGGUCUCUUCCAUUUUUUUCAGUUCAAAUAGCUGCCAUAACUUAUUACUUGAGACCCCAAUUGAAACCACUGAACCAAAUUCUGGCUCUUAGUGUAAUAUUUAUUUCUACAUUUAUUUUUUCAUUGACCUGGCAGUUUAAUCAGUUCAUACUGCUUAUGCAAGCACUAGCCUUGUUUACUCUGGACAGUAUUGGUUUGAUUUCAUCAACAAAGGUGACCCACCUGUAUAUGGUACAAGCAGGAAGCUUACUGCUGGUAUGGGUUUUGCAGUUCUUCAGCUCUAUGAUUUUAGGAUCAUUAGUACUCAGCUUCAUUGUUUCUGCCCUUAUUAUAAAAUCUGUACAGAAAAACAUGAAAAUGGAUAGUUUCCUUGGGAAGAUCUUAAAACUGCUUUUCCACGUGUUCAGUGUGCUGAUUUUGACUUUGUUAAUACAUUACACAUUUAAGAAAACACUGCAGCUGAAAUCAGAUGAACAUAUUUUUAAGUUCAUAACAGCCAAAUUUGGGUUUGGUUCAACAAGAGAUUUUGAUGCCAAAUUGUAUUUGUGUGAAGAGGCUUUUGGUGUUAUACCGUUAGACACCUUUGAACGAUUUUUGGAAACACUGGUAUUAUAUCCUUAUGUCUGUACCAUUUGCAUUCUAACAAUUUUGACAGUAAUAACUACAUUUUGGAAUUUCAGAAAUUCAUCAAAAAAUUUGCCAGAGAUUGCAAAAACAGAAAAUAUGCUACAAUUAAGACAGGACAUUGCCUACAAUUUUGCACACACUGUGAUAUUUGGCAUUUUAGCAUGCAGUACAAUGAGAAUGAAAUAUAUCUGGACUGGUCACAUGUGUGCUUUUGCAGCCUAUGGAGUCUGCAGCAAUGAAAUGUGGGGACUUUUUCUCAAAAUGUUCCGCCUUCACACCAUUGGAAGAGAGAGGCUCAUCCGGUUAGCUGUGCCUUGCUUGAUACUUGCUUUUUUGUAUUACAAGUUUUUCCCAAAAUUGAUGGAUGAAAUUUCUGAACUGAGAGAAUUUUACGACCCAGAUACAGUGGAGCUGAUGAACUGGAUUAACACAAAAACUCCAACAAAGGCUGUUUUUGCUGGUAGUAUGCAGCUUUUAGCAGGAGUCAAACUCUGCACAGGACGAAUUUUGACCAACCAUCCCCACUAUGAAGACAAGAUUUUAAGAGACAGAACUCAACAGGUGUACCAGAUCUAUGCCCGGCAGGAUCCAAAGGAGGUGCACAGAAUCCUUCGAUCCUUUGGGACAGACUAUGUUAUCAUAGAAGACAGCAUCUGUUAUGAGAGAAGGCAUAACAGAGGCUGUCGCUUGAGGGACCUGCUGGAUGUUGCAAAUGGACACAUUAUGGAUGGUCCAGGAGAAAAUGACCCAGAUUUGAAGCCAUCUACACAUCCUCGCUUUUGCGAUGAAAUAAAAUUGAGCCAGCCUUCGUAUACCUUGUACUUUACCCAAGUGUUCAGAAACAAAACAUUUCAUGUCUACAAACUGAAGAAAAACAAGAAAAAAGCAGCGUAAAAUUAGUUUUUCAUGUGCUCCCUUGCCAUCAUGUUCAUUUGUUUCAGCACCAUAAGGCUAAGACAAGGCUUUCACAAUAUUUUGUAAUAUCAUAAAUGCAACCUGUUAGAAGAGGGAGAAGAAAUUUGAAAACAAAGCACACGAUCUUAUACAGCCAGGGGUGAUAUGCGAGCAGCACCUUAAUAUCAUCCAAAUAAAAAUCUCCCACUCUGCAAAAAGACCUUGGAUGAAUGGUACAUUUCACAGCCUGGAGUACAAUAUAAUGUAUUACAGUAUACAUUGUUUUUAUGUUUUAUUAUAAAAGAGUGUAAUAUCUCAUCACCUAACAGUAUUAUUUAUCACAUUUCAAUUACCGUUAUAUUCAUAUCACCAAAGCUUUUAUUCUUUUGCUCAUUCUUUCUUUCUUUGAUCACCACUGUUUUUCACUCAAAUGCGGCUCACGCCAGUUAGAAGACUCCUGUCAGGGUCCAAAGUAACAAGACAGCAAGCUGGAAGAAAUCAGCUUUGAAGUGCUUUUGUUGGAGUAAGUACAUGCUCUGAAAUAAUAAAUGUCCAUGGGAAGCAGCUGAAUGGUUUCAACUACAAGAACAAAGUUUAAGCUUGUGGCAGUGAAAAACUUUUUUUCUGUCCUUAAGUCUGCAUAUUUAAUAAAGUAACACUUAUUUAUUUAGGGCAUUGAAAAUUUUACAUUUGUGUAGUGACAAGGAAAGCAGGGAUAGGUGUUGAUGCUCAUAGCUUUUACUAGUAAUGUUCAUUUUGGUAUAGGAUUUGUUCUUUGAAUUAUGUUUAUGUGCAUUAGCUAAAAUUGACUAGUGGUUUCAUCCUGCAGAAAAGGUUAGGACCAACAGUACUCCAGUUAGUUGAUGGUCUUGAAAUUCUAUAAAGUGUGUUACUGGAGCGGUGAACGUCUUUUCUAAGCUUCAUAUUCUCCUAUGGUAAUAACAUGACAAAUCUUUGUCAACAAAAGGGGCACAUUCAACAUUUUUGAAAUUAUAAAACUGCAUAUUAAGUAUUAUUAAAUGAACAGAGACCUUCAUUAAUUCUUAAAAACUUCUGUCACUGUACAGAAAAAAAGUUUUGAAAUUAAAAAAAACUCCUUUCUUUAGGAUGAAACACUCUUCAGCUGAUGAAGGAAAUGGUCAGUCAAAGCAGAACAGUGUGUGUUUUGAAUUGUGACUAAAGCAAAAAGGGCCAUAGUUUGUGUAGCACAUUGUCUUUUAUUUUAAUUUAAACCUUUUCAUGCUUUGUAUUAGUUGUGGUUUUCACAGUUUGGCAUUAAUUUUAGAAAACAGUUCUUUUAAAUACUUUAAAAUCUUAAAUAAAUGUCUUGUCAACAUAUACAUACAGGUUUACAGAAUUUUGUAAUGUGUUUAAUAAAACAAUUCCAUUUUUUACUUUUAUACUAUGUUUCAUAUACAGUAUUAUGACAUAGCUUUUUAUCAUGGUGUAGAAUUCAAACAUUCUCCAGACAAUGUGUUUACAUGCAUUUUAUAAUUUAUAAACACAGACCCCGACACCAAUUUUGUUCUUUCAUGUAUUUAAGUCUAAAAUAAAGAUUUUGCAUUUGUCUUUUAUGUAGAGAAUGUCAUUUAUCUCUUUUUACCAGUGGCAUGAGGCUCUCACUCUCGUAUUAUUUAACAUUUGGACAGGGCCAUUUUUGCUGUGGAUCACAAUAUUCUCCAUUAUGUUAAGAAAUAAACAGGGUAGACUGGUUACCUUUGAAAGUAUGUUUCUUUCUCUUUUAAAUUGUGAAUUCUUCUUUAUUCUUAAUUCUUCACGAGGGUCAGCAGCCAUUACUCAAACGUUCUGUUUUUGUGCCUUAAAAUUAUGCUGAAUUGCACAGGCUAUUCACAUUUUCCUAAGCCAGAAGCUCUGCUUAAAUUUUAAAUGCUAAACAUGUUGCUUAGGUUUUUCUUUAAAAAAUACCUUCAUAGAAUCUGAAGUAGAUUGUAAAACUUGUAUAUGUUCAACUGGCUGCACUGUAUGUCCAUUGUAUUGUUAUAACUCAUUUGUAACUGAUACACUGUCUAAUUCGAAUUUACUGUAUUUAUUUUCUGUUUACUGUAAUAUUACUGAAGGUGAAUUCAGAACUAACAAAAGAGGUCCAUUUAAUUGUCCAAAGACUGAAGGGCAUAUAAUCAAUAAGUUAAUGAUAUAGCCUUUGUAGAGCAUGCUGUGUAAUUUGUUUGCAUUUAUUUCUUAUACUUGUAACAGUUUCCUAUAAACACCAACAUGCCAGAAUUACUUGAAAGAUAAUAAUGUCUUAAAUGAACUAUAAGAUAAUCAUGCAAAGAUUCUCUUGUCUUUACAUGGUGAUUGCACCAAUAUAAUUGCACAUCUAUUUAUAUUGACUCAGGACCCUUAAAAAUAAUACACAGCAGCCAUUCUCCUAUUGGUUUACUAAUCUCAAUUUUUGAUAUGGCUACACACUUAGAUGAUUAUAUUGCUUCAAAAUAGUGUUCAGUCUACCCAGGUUGGACUGUUGAACAACGGUUGUCACUGGAGAACACAAAAAUGAACACAAGGAGCACAUGGAAACUCUACUGACACACACCCUAAAGUUGGUAAUUGGGCAUGGAGCACAAACCAUGAAAUGUUCUUUUCUUUAUUGCUGUUUUUCAUACCUUUUGCUGAAAAUGUGCAUUUUGGUACAGACAUGAUCUUCAGUCUAUCUUUUUAUAAGUAGGAUUUAUGCCUGCAGUAUGUUUAUGUGCAUUAUUUUAAAACUCUUCAUUUCAUGUCUUCAUCCCUUGGUUUAAUUUUAGUGCUUCUUGCUGGUACAGUCUUACUCAGUUUUCCAUCCAUUUUUUAAACUUAAAGUAUGACAGCUUUUCGAGAGCAAACCAAUAAGCUUGCACCUUUAUUGGUUUGUAAUAUUUGGGCUUCACUGUCUUUAAGAUGAAAUUCUUUAUUAAUGAACUUCUUUCCCCUUUUCUCAUUUUUUUUCUGUUUUUGUUACUUUUUUUAUAUUGAUAGUCAUUGUUUGGGUUUUGUGUAAGAUGAGUUUUGCCACUUCUGCUUUUCCUUGAUUUUUAAGGACUUUGCAACCUGGCAAUGGCUUUGCUCGUGAAGGUACCAGAGGACUUAACUCUUUUUAAAAUCCUGCUGCACUGAUACUUGCAUUUUACACUAUAAAACAUAAAUAAAUUGUGUGGCAUGGUUAAGUGA